UUUAGCUAAGAAAAAGAAAAUGAUACCACCUCGUCUAUGAAAAGAAAUUAACACCUCCAACAAAUGCCUGCGUUUUAAGACUUGCUUCUCCCAUUUUAUCUAUUCUUACUUUUAAAAAUAUAACGACUUGAUCUUGCUAAUUCUGAGUACGUAAAUUCAUGAAAACAAUGUAAUAAGCUCUCAAAAUAAUUAGAUGAGAAUUUUCACUUCUAGGCAUCAAGAUAUACUAAUAACCUUCAGUAUGAGUGAAAGGAGAAAAGAACUGAGCUACUAGCAAUGAUCGGUCGCUACCAUGCAAGAUUGAAGAAAGUUAAACAAGUGAAAUUAAAAAUUUCCAGAAAAUGUAAGGUUGAGAAGAAAGCAGAAAAAGUGACUUCAUGAAACAAGGAUGAAUCUGUUACAGCAUUGCCAAUUAAAAAGGACCACAUGUCCAUGAAAGGAUAGGAGAAAUGUGCUUGUUUCCUAUCCUCAAAUAUCUCUAAAUAAAUAUCUGUUUCUCAAAUUGAACCUUGCACCCAACCUUAUCUUCUCUGAAUGGAAGAGGGAAAAGGAAGGGUAUGUGUUACCGGUGGUACUGGCUUCAUUGGUUCCUGGAUCAUCAAGACACUCCUUGAAAAUGGUUAUUCAGUUAAUACUACCGUUAGAUCUCACCCGGAACACAAGAAAGAUGUGAGCUUCCUCACAGAUUUGCCUGGAGCAUCUCGGAGGCUACGAAUUCUGAAGGCAGACCUAAGCGAGCCAGAAAGUUUCAAGGAAGCCAUUGAAGGGUGCAUUGGGGUAUUCCAUGUGGCUUCUCCAUUGGACUUUGAGGAAAAGGAACCUGAAGAGAUUGUGACCAAAAGAUCCAUUGAUGGAGCAUUAGGUAUUCUGAAAGCUUGCCUUACUUCAAAGACUGUGAAGAGGGUUGUUUACACUUCCAGUGCCUCUGCUGUUGAUUAUUUUGGCGAAGAAGAUGAAGUGAAGGAUGAGAGCUCAUGGACUGACUUGGAUUUGCUUAGAACUUCGAAGACAUUUGGAUGGUCUUAUGCAGUUUCUAAGACAUUGACAGAGAAAGCAGUGCUUGAAUUUGGACAACAAAAUGGAUUAGAUGUUGUCACUUUGAUUCCCACUCUUGUUGUUGGACCCUUCAUUUGUCCUAAGCUACCUGGUUCUGUUGGUUCAGCACUCUAUUUUUUGCUUGGUAAGAAGGGGGGCCCAUUUAAUUUUCAGCAAGCACCUAUGGUUCAUGUUGAUGACGUGGCAAGAGCGCACAUAUUCCUGUUUGAGCAUCCCAAUCCAAAAGGGAGAUAUAAUUGUUCUAAAUGUUUUGCAACCACUGAAACAGUGGCUGAAAUAGUGUCUGCUAAAUACCCAGAAUUUAAGAUACCAGCCAUGGAUUUCUUGACUGGCGUGAAAUUUCAAGAUCUGUCAUCGAAGAAGCUCAUAGAUGCUGGAUUUGAGUACAAGUAUGGACUUGAGGAAAUGCUGUUGGGUGCAACUGAAUGCUGCAAAGAAAAGGGUUAUUUGUAGCUAUAUAUAAUAGUGUUAUGUCAAAUAAGCCUGUCAAAAUAUGGUGUGUGUAAGGUGUUCAAUAAUAACAUGACAAAUAUGUAAAUGGCCUUAAAGCCUAGUGGUA